UGGACUGGUCACACUAGAAAGAUAAUGGUCCAGAUUCAUUUGAUUAAAUAAUUCCUUUUCUUGCAAACACUCUCAAAAAUCCAACAAAAAAUGGCCAGCAACGUACCAACGGUUAAGCUAAACAGCGGUCACGAAAUUCCCAUCAUCGGUCUGGGCACUUGGGGUAGCCCUAAAGGACAAGUCAUGGAAGCUGUCAAAAUUGCCAUCGAUGCUGGAUAUAGGCACAUCGAUUGCGCUCAUGUCUACCAAAACGAGGACGAGGUCGGCGAUGGUAUUGAAGCUAAGAUCAAGGAGGGCGUAGUCAAGCGCGAGGAUCUGUUCAUUACCAGCAAGCUGUGGAACACUUUCCAUCGACCCGACUUGGUCCGUGGCGCUUUGGAGACCACUUUGCAAUCGUUGAAGCUGACAUAUCUCGAUUUGUAUUUGAUCCAUUGGCCUAUGGGCUACAAAGAGGGAAGUGACCUCUUCCCCGCCGAUGAGGAUGGCAAGACUCUGUUCUCGCCUGCCGAUUAUGUGGAUACCUGGAAGGAAAUGGAGCAACUGGUCGAGGCUGGCCUAGUCAAAUCGAUUGGUGUCUCCAAUUUCAACAAGAGGCAAGUGGAACGUGUUUUGGAGGUGGCCAAAAUUCCACCAGCCACCAACCAAAUUGAAUGCCAUCCAUAUCUAACACAGAAGAAACUUGUCGAAUUCUGCAAAUCGAAAAAUAUUACAAUUACUGCAUACAGUCCUCUGGGUUCACCCAAUCGUCCAUGGGCCAAAAAGGGGGAUCCUGUCAUCCUAGAAGAGGCCAAGAUUAACGAAAUUGCUGGGAAAAAGAAUAGGACCGCCGCACAGAUUCUCAUUCGGUAUCAGAUCCAGCGUAACAACAUUGUCAUCCCGAAAUCGGUGACCAAAGAUCGCAUCGAAUCGAAUUUCCAGGUCUUUGACUUCGAAUUGACACCCGAAGAGAUUGAAAUCAUUGAGAGCUUUGAAUGUAAUGGACGCCUGGUGCCUGUGCUCAAUGCCUAUGGUCAUCCCCAUCAUCCAUUCGAGAAUGAUGAAUUCUAGCAACACACAAAGUAAAUUUAAACAAUAUAAAUUAUAAUAAAAUUGUGUAACAUUGUGCCUGGGGAACCCCCAAA